UCCGGGUAAACGUCUCAAAACAAGUCUGCGAGACAGGGAGGGGUUAAACACCGGGAGAAAGUUCCGUCUGGCAGGCCAACUCCGCGGAACAAAACAGUAGACAAAAAGUUUGUAAAAGCUCUUUUUAUUAUUAUUAUUAUUAUUAUUAACCGAAGCGACAUCCUGCUUCCGAUCUUACCCGGCUUGAAAAGAAAAUAAUGAAUUUGAAGGAUCUGAGUACAACCAGAAAACUUCUACUAUGGAAUUCAUACACAGGUGCGGAAGACUGGGAAUUUUCUCCCAUCUGUCAAAGUAGACUGAUAAUAUUAUAAUAAGAAGAACAAUAACACGCGCGCCGGAUCAAAUCAGAGUAUGGCGAGUGGAAACCAGACGACUGUGUACGUCUCGGAGCAGGUGGUGGUCUUGUUGUCGUGUGCCCUGUCGUUGGCGGGGUCUUCCCUGAUCAUCGUGACCCACGUCGCCUGGUCAGAUCUGAGGACAACUCCGCGCAAACUGCUGCUGUACCUGUCGGUAGCCGACCUGUUGUCCGCGGUCUCUUACUCGUACGGCGCGCUGAGGGCGUUUGGAGCGGACUCGGCGGACUGCGUGGCCCAGGGAGGGCUGUCCACCUUCGCCAACACCAGCUCCUUCUUCUGGACGGUGGCCGUCGCCGCGUACCUUUACGUCUGCAUCGUGAGGUCGGACCACGCACUCGCCGACAGCUUGGUGCCGUUUUUCCACAUCGUCAGCUGGGGUAUUCCUUUUGCCAUUACUGUGACAGCCCUGUGCCUGGACAAGAUUGGCUAUGAUGCCUCAGAGGUGUCAGUAGGCUGGUGCUGGGUCAGGAUCCAGGCUCCUGACCACAUUCUGUGGAUGCUGCUGACGGGCAAAAUUUGGGAAAUCCUGGCAUAUUUCAUCCUCCCUGUCCUCUACAUCCUGAUCAAGAGGCACAUCCACAGGGCGCAUGCUGCCCUGUCUGAGUAUCGACCCAUCUUGGCAAGCAGGUCUUCAUCUCAGUCUUUCUCCACCAUGGCUGACAGGAAGCUUACCCUCAUCCCCAUCAUCUUCAUCACCUUGCGCAUUUGGAGCACAGUCCGCUUCCUGCUGCUGCUAGCUGGCUCCCCAGCUAGGCAGAACCCAGUGCUAGUCACUUUGCAUGGUAUUGGCAACACGUUCCAGGGAGCAGCCAACUGCAUCAUGUUUGUCCUGUUCACCGAGCCCAUUCGAGCUCGCCUCUCCUCUGUAUUCUGCUGCUGCUGUUGUUCCAAGCCCCAAGCUGGAGCCACCCAUUCAAGCGACCCCUCCCACAAGCCACUGCUUGGUUGGGGUAAUCCUGCCCAGGGAGAGGCUGGGCAGAUUGAUGAUUCUUAAUGCCAGGGAUGAGAGGAUGAUAAAGGAAAAAGAUGGAGAAGUAGGUGAGGGGGGAUAAGACUCCAUUUUGCACAGUAUUCAUUAUGGCAUGUGCCUGCAAAGAGAUAAGAGAAUUCUGCAGGUGUUCAUUACAUAUCAGACACACAUGCACUUUGGCUGAUGAGAAUCGCUUAUUGAAGCCGGACCCCUCUGCUUAAUCGUCCACCAACGUUUGGCGACACAUUUCUGAGCGUUUCACAUUGAAAUGGAUUGCACAUGCAUGUUAUGUGCUUGUUUUUUUUUCCUCAGAUACAUCAGAGAUCUGGAAACUUACAGUGAAAUGCUAUUGAACAUGCACUUUUUCCUCUUUCUUCUUCUCUAUUAAAAAGAAACACCUUUUGAAAGUGAUGACUUUAUUUAUCAUAUACUGUAUGUAUUCAUGUAUAUUCUGGGCUGAACUUUGUGAACUGGGUUUGACUAAUGACUCUUAGUGCUUACAUCCAUGGUCAGUGCGUAUUUAUAAAAAUACUCUUAUUUUAUCAUAGUUUUCUAUUGUAUGGCUAUUCCAAAGAUUAAAUAAACAUGGGUGUCCAGGUAGCGUAGUGGUCUAUUCCAUUGCCUACCAGCACGGGGAUUGCCGGUUCAAAUCCCCAUGUUACCUCCAGCUUGGUCAGGCGUCCUUACAGACACAAUUGUCCGUGUCUGCGGGUAGGAAGUCGGAUGUGGGUAUGUGUCCUGGUCGCUGCACUAGCGCCUCCUCUGGUCGCUUGGGACGCCUGUUUGGGGGGAAGGGGGAACUGGGGGGAAUAGCGUGAUCCUCCCAUGUGCUACGCCCCCGUGGUGAAACUCCUCGCUGUCAGGUGAAAAGAAGCGGCUGGCGACUCCACAUGUCUCAGAGGAGGCAUGUGGUAGUCUGCAGCCCUCCCCGGAUUGGCAGAGGGGGUGGAGCAGCGACAGGGACCGCUCGGAAGAGUGGGGUAAUUGGCCAGAUACAAUUGGGGAGAAAAAGGGGGAAAAUUAAAAGAAAAAAAUAUGAUGAAAAUAAUAUAUUCGGUGUUCAUUAUGUGAAAGAGCCCAGUCUCUCAACCCCUAAAACCUAAUUUUGCCCUGCUAGCAUACACAUGCAGUGGUAUAUGCAAUGAUAUAUGUACAGAUUGUGGACAGUGGAAAGAUUGUAUAAAAAAAGAUUUGUUUUUUCUUAAAAGAAAUAAAACAAAUGAGC